UAAAGAUGAACUUUGUAAAUGAAAAUGCUGUUGAUGAUGCUGGGGUGUCAAGGGAGGUUUACACUGCAUUUUGGGAGCAAUUUUUGGAACAGUGUGAAGGUGAAACUGAACGAGUUCCAAGGCUGAGGCCAGACUUUUGUGAGACUGAAUGGCAAGCAGUUGGGCAGAUAUGGGUGAAAAACUUACUAGACCAUGGUGUCUUUCCAGUGAGGCUAUCAAAGGCUUUCAUUUUAGCCUGCAUCCAUGGAAUGGACUCAGUUGAUGUAGACAUUUUGAUUAAAUUGUUUCUCAACUAUCUCCCUCCUGUUGAGAGAUCUGCUGUUGAGAAGGCUCUCCAAGGCACAAUGAAUGAAAAUGAUGAAGAGGACCUGCUUGACCUUUUUACAAGGAUGGGUUCCCACUUCCUACCACCUAAGAACAACAUGCAGCCUGCCAUUGAAACAAUGGCUCAUAAGGCCGUUCUCCAAGAGCCAAAGUAUAUAAUGGAUUGCUUCUCCACACCCAUGGCAUGUCUGCAGCUGAAACUGUCAGACAAGGAAAGUGUGUUGUCUCUGUAUGAGACAAAGAAGGCCACAGGCAAAGACCAGUGCAGCUAUUUGAAACAACAAAAUUGAUGCUGUCUCACGGAGAACAGACAACCUUUGACCAUCUUCAGCGUUAUGUUAAAAUGCUGAUGAAACCAAAGCUGAAAAAAUCCAGGAUCUUCUGUGAUAUGUGUUGAAAAAAUUUUGGUGUGCUUUA